AUGACUGAUACUUCCACGCCCUGUGACAGAGACCGUGCUCAUUUGUUAAGCAAACAUGGUGGUUCAAAUAUCAAUUGUGGUAUUGAUUCGGGUGUACUCAAUGGUAAUGAUGCGAAAAAUGGCUUCCUCUCACCUGAUACAGUAGAAAAAAUUCAUACAAGUCCACAUUGGCAGCGUUUGAUGGAAAUUAACAAAGAGACGAAAGAAGGCAGACUGACUGUUGCUGGUGUUGAAAUAUCGUCGAAAGCCAAAAGUGGAAGUGAACGCUGUGAUGCGCUUUUAUUUAUUAAUAAACGAUCAUAUACAAUGACCGAUCAGUUAUCAAAAAGUGCUGCGGUUUCAAAUGAAUUAUCCUUUGCAAAUCGUGGCCUUAAAGGAAACACUACUGCUGACGUUCAAGAAAUAUGUGAUGAAAUAAGAAAAUGUCAAAAAUUAGUUGCUUUACGUCUUGAAGGAAAUACGAUCAGUGAAGAGGCUGCUAAAGCAAUUGGAAUCGAGUUAGAAAAACAUCCCGAAAUUGAAGUAAACAAACGUUUAAUAUGGAAUGAUUUAUUUACAAGUAGAUUAAAAACAGAAGUACCACCAGCUCUUGUUGCAUUAACGAGUGGUCUUCGGAUAAAUGGUUCACAUAUUGUUGAAAUUAAUCUCAGUGAUAAUGCUUUUGGUCCAAUUGGUGUUAAAGCUCUUGAAGGAUUUUUAUCUUCAUCAUGUUGUUUUAGUUUGAAAGACUUGAGAUUGAAUAAUAACGGAUUGGGAAGUAUGGGUGGAAAGAUGUUGGCUGAAGCGUUGAUCAAUUGCCAUCGAAAUAGUAUUAAAUCGGGUGGUCAAACAUUUUCACUGAAUACAUUUAUAUGUGGAAGAAAUCGUCUGGAGAAUGAGGGUGCAACAGCAUUAGCAAAAGCCUUUACCAUACUUGGAACAUUAGAGGUGAUUUGUGUACCUCAAAACGGUAUUCAACCACCUGGAAUUGGCGCUUUAGCCGAAUCAUUUAUAAAUAAUUCAAAUUUACGUGUUAUCGAUUUAAAUGAUAACACAAUAACAAUGGCAGCGCCUAAACUAGCAUCAUCUAUUGAAAAAUUACCAAAAUUACAAAUAUUGAAUCUUUCAUCAGCUUUAAUUCGAACGAAAGGUGCCGUUGCUGUUGCACGAUCGAUUGUAUCACAUAGACAUCUUGAAUCACUACUGUUAAGCUAUAACGAUAUUCACGUUGAUGGUGCUUUAGAAAUAAUAAAAUCCGUUAAAAAUAUGUCAACAUUAAAAGUACUAGAUUUAAAUGGUAACUGUUUUGGAGAAGAGGGAAUUGAAGAAAUUAAAAAUAAUUUAUCGAAUAAAAAUAUUCUUCAGUCAUUGAGCGAUGAUGAUGGCUCAGAAGAGGAAGAUAAUGGAGAAGAUUAUGAUGAAAAUGAUGAUGAUUAUGAAGAUGUGGACGAAGAUGACGACGAAGAAGUCGAUCAGGAACAACAAUUGGAAACAAUUCGUCCAAAUAUAUUUCCAUUACACUUCGCUCCAGUUCAAUCAAAUCAAAAGCAAACCGAUGAUGUUUCAAAAUUGAUUGAAAGUUUUGGUUUAUCUGCUUGUGUACCGAUAAAAUCUAUUCAGAAAAGCGAAGUUAAUACAUGGUCAACAAUGAAAAAUGUGGAUAAAGUUAAAGAGUACUUACAGAAUAAUGAACAAUCAGCUAAUCGUGCAGUGGAUUUAUUUGUUGAUUUAUGGAACGAUGAUAAUUUAACCUCCGAUGAUUUUACUCUUAUAGCCAAAAAUGUUUUAAAAGUUUUAUUUACAUCAUCAAUAUCAUCGAGUAUUGAACGUAAUUUUACAGACCAGUUAUUAGUCUCAUUGGGUUUGGUGAAAGAUGAACAAAUACGUCGACGUCGCCAUGUUAAGAAUUUGAGUAAAAUUUAUAAAUACUUAGCUAAUAUAUCGCAAGAACUUCCAAAAUCAACAAAAGAUAUUCUCUCUGUUUUUAUUAUUCACGCAAACGAUCAUCAACAAUCAUGUCCAAAUGAUAUUAAGCAACAAUUACUAUCAGCAAUUAAAUAA